GGAGGGCGGGGCUACGACACAGCCAGGGGUGUCAGAUAGGUAAGAGGGAGAAGCGCAGAGGCCCAUCACCGGGAGACGAGAGACGGUCUGUACGUGAUCGGACACCAUGUUGGGCUCUGGGUUCAAAUCUGAGCGGCUUCGUGUGAAUCUACGACUUGUCAUAAACCGGCUUAAGCUUCUGGAGAAGAAGAAGACUGAACUGGCACAGAAAGCGAGGAAGGAGAUUGCCGAUUACUUGUCUACUGGGAAGGAUGAACGAGCGAGGAUCCGCGUAGAGCACAUUAUCCGGGAGGAUUACCUGGUGGAAGCUAUGGAGAUCCUGGAGUUGUACUGCGACCUUCUGCUGGCCCGAUUUGGGUUAAUUCAGUCCAUGAAAGAGCUGGACCCUGGCCUGUCUGAAGCGGUCUCCACCCUUAUCUGGGCGGCUCCACGUCUACAAACUGAAGUUUCUGAGCUGAAGACAGUUGCUGAUCAGCUAUGCGCCAAGUACAGUAAAGAGUACGGCAAGCUGUGCAGAACAAACCAGAUUGGAACCGUCAAUGACCGGCUGAUGCACAAGCUAAGUGUAGAGGCUCCACCGAAAAUACUUGUGGAGAGAUACCUGAUUGAGAUCGCCAAGAAUUACAAUGUUGCAUAUGAGCCGGAUUCUGUUGUAAUGGCCGAGGUUCCCACUGGUAUAGAGGCAGACCUUAUAGAUGUUGAAUUCUCAGAUGAGAAAAAGAGAGGAGGAGGAGGUGGUGGUGGUGGUGGAGGUUUUGCCAUGCCAUUGCCAACAGUGGGGGCGAUGCAGAUGCCCACUCCAACUAUUCCUUUCUCCUACCCCGCACCUGCUGGCCCGGAGACGUUCAACGGAGCACCUGUGGGUAUUUUCCAGCCCUUUGGCAACCAGCAUCCCCCAGCCAUUGGUCUUCUGCCCCCACCAAUCCCAACCAUGCCUCCUACCUAUGACUUUAUUAGUAAUGAAGGACCGCAUGCUAACGCUCCUCCAGCACCAGACGGUCCAGGAGCAUAUGGUGCGCCUGUUGCCAAGCCACGGACAAAAAUGCCAGAUAAUUUUGUCCUGCCUGAGUUACCCUCCGUUCCUGACACCCUUCCUGCCUCCUCAGCCGGAAUCGGCACUUCCAGUUCAGAUGAUAUUGAUUUUGAUGACCUCUCACGUAGGUUUGAGGAGCUAAAGAAGAAAACUUAAGCAGUAAGAA